AUGGAGGGCUGUAUAAGAGUAGUGAAACAAUUAUUCAGUCAAAUAGAAAAGGGAAGAAGUAAUUUUAAGAAGGCUCCGAAAGAAAGAAUUACUGAAUCUUAUGUUUUGACGCGAUUAGAAAGUUUGGAAACAAUUAUAGAUAAAUUCUCUGACAAGCAUGAAUACAUUAUAGCUACAUAUGAAGAUACUGAAGGUUAUAUAGAAAGUGACAUAUACAAUAUAGGCUAUGAAAUGUAUUUGAGUUAUAAAACCGAGUUGAAAUCUGCACUGAAAGCCUUAUCACCGAAUGUGUCUACCGCGUCAUCGAGUUUGAAAGAGAAUUCAGACAAGAAUAAAGAAUCACUUGUAAGAUUACCGAAGAUUACUAUACCAGUUUUCAGUGGCAAGUAUACCGAAUGGUCGUCUUUCAAGGAUUUGUUUACGUCUCUCAUCCAUAACAACUGUGCACUCGACGACGUUCAGCGACUACAUUAUCUGAAGACGCAAUCCAUGAGUUGCGAGUCGGCUCAAGGGUUGAAAGAUUUGUUAGAUACAACUUCCGAUUGUAUUCAUGAGCUGACUAACUUAGAUAUUAAAGUCGAUACAUGGGAUGUAAUUAUAAUUUAUAUUGUAAGUCAGAAAUUGGACGCUGAUACUAGAAAACAAUGGGAAAUCCAUAUUAAUAAUUGUAGUGUAGAUUUACCUUCCUAUUGUUUAUUCAAAGAUUUCAUAGAAUCACGUUACCGCGCGUUAGAGUUUGUUGAGCCCACUAAAAGAAAGGUUUCAAGCCAAACCUUAUUAGCUACAGCCUUGGUAAAGGCUGAGUCAAGAAAUGGUUCUCCUCUGAUAUUAAGAGCUCUGCUGGAUCAAGGAUCACAAGCAUCUUUUAUAUCGGAAGCAGCCGUACAGUUAUUACGGUUGAAUAAAGUUGCUGAGAAAACUAGUAUUUCAGGAUUAGGUGGUGGUCAGAGUGGCUUAACCUCAAAAUAUGUGGUUAAGGUCACGAUUCAGUCACUCUGUGACCCAACCUUUAAGUUGCAAGUGAAGGCUCACGUCCUUCAAACGGUGACUACAGUGUUACCACAAAGGAAGUUCACUCCACCCAGAUGGACUGAACUUGGCCGCAUCAGUUUGGCUGAUCCGCAGUAUAAUUCGCCUAAUAGAAUUGAUGUUCUCUUAGGCUCCGAGGUGUAUUGCGCUAUCCUGAAAAAGGGAUUGAUUAAAAGUCCUAAUGAUUUGAUUAUUGCACAGGAUACUUACCUUGGAUGGGUGUUGUCGGGUCAGGUUGACGGCUAUGAUAAUGAAGAAUCUACAUGUCACAACAUUAUAAUGAGCUUUCAUAUCCAGUUAGAAGAGAAUGAACUAAUCAAGAAAUUUUGGGAAAUCGAAUCUGAACCUAGUCCAAACAAAAAGAUAUUAACUCAAGAAGAACAGGAUUGUGAAGAUCAUUUCAAAGCUACAACUUGCAGAGAUGAGACUGGUCGUUAUGUGGUGGAGUUGCCGUUUCGUCCAAAUGUUCGUCGAGACUACGGUGAUACAAGGUCCGUCACUGUGAAACGUUUGUUUGGUCUAGAAAAGAGAUUGGAUAAGAAUUGCACAUUAAAGAAGAAUUAUUCUGAGGUCAUAGAUGAAUAUUUAAAACUUGGUCAUAUGGAGAUUGUUGAUGAUGAGUCAUCAAAUAUGGAAGGUAAGGUAUGGUUACCACAUCAUGCGGUUGUUCGUAUGGAUAGAACAACAACAAAAACCAGAGUGGUUUUUAAUGCCGCUGAUAGAAGCGCUAAUGGAUUAUCCUUAAAUGAUACAUUGAUGGUUGGUCCAACCUUACAAAUGGAAUUACGCCACUUGAUAAUGCGUUGGCGUUCACACCCCAUAUGUAUCACUGCUGAUAUCAUAAAAAUGUAUCGACAAGUGAACGUAGCUGCAAAACAUACCGAUUUUCAGCGGAUUGUAUGGCGAUCUGAAGAGGGUAUUAUACGUGACUAUCGUCUUCUGACUGUCACUUUCGGCACUUCAUGCGCUCCUUAUUUAGCUGUUAAAGCAAUGCAACAAGUAGCUGUAGAUGAAGGUCGUAAUUUCCCGCACGCGGCAAGUAGAGUUCUAUCAGAUUUCUACAUGGACGAUCUUCUCACCGGCGCUGAAAAUGAAGAAGAAGCGGUUAAGAUUUAUAAAGAAAUGAAUGAAUUGCUAAAUAAAGGUGGAUUUCAAUUGCAGAAGUGGACAUGUAAUAAAAUAGGAGUACUAGGUGGUACAGAAACAGAUACUGAAAGAGAGUUUAAAGAGGAUGAUGUUACUAAAAUUGUAGGUAUUGCUUGGAAUCGCCGCACAGAUGAGUUUGGUUAUAACAUCAAGAUUUCUUCUGAUGCCCCUGCUCCUGAAACAAAACGCAAAGUGAUUAGUGAAAUCUGUCGACUAUAUGAUCCACUCGGGUGGAUAGCUCCGUACGUUAUUAUAGCAAAGAUCUUUAUCCAGAAGCUAUGGAUUGCUGGACUGGGCUGGGAUGAUAAAUUGCCAGAGGAGCUGAUACAAGAGUGGUCACAAUAUCGCAAGGAAUUACCGAAGCUAGAAUUAUUUCAUAUUCCGAGAUGGGUCCGCAAGAAGAAAAGUGAUAUCAAAGUGGAGUUACACAGGUUUAGUGACGCUUCUAAUGCAGGCUAUGCUGCUGUGAUUUAUAUUCGUUGCGUUACUAUGGAAAAUGAAGUUUAUACUCACCUGGUAACCGCUAAGACGAAAGUAGCACCCAUCAAGCAGAUAUCCAUCCCGCGACUUGAGUUGUGCGCUGCUGUUCUAGUUACUAAACUACUUCUGGAAGUAUCUGAAACACUGAACAUCAAUAAGUCAGAUAUACAUGCUUGGACGGACUCUACGAUCGUGUUAGCUUGGUUGUCCGACCAUCCAAGUCGUUGGAAGAGUUUUGUCGCCAACAGGACUUCAGAAAUACUUACCUUAAUUAAUGCUACGCAGUGGUCGUAUGUUUCGACAAAGGAAAAUCCUGCCGAUUGUGCGUCACGUGGUAUGUCACCGUCAGAGUUUCUAGAGAACUCGCUGUGGAAGAAUGGUCCAAGCUGGUUACAAAAUAGCGAAAUUGAUUAUGUCAAACCACGUUCCAUUUGCACCAAGACAGAGUUAGAGAAGCGUCAACUUAAAGCACAUACUACUUGUGUCAAAAACUUUGAAGAAAUAGAGGAUAUUUGUUCUAGAUUUUCAAGCUUACGGAAACUAAUAAGGGUAAUAGCUUAUUGCAGGAGAUUUCUACAUCUAAAAAAUACCACUUCUGAAGAAUCUAAACACUUACCUUAUCUUACCGCCAAGGAGAUCCAGGAAUCACUUACCUGUUGCAUACUUCAGCAUCAACGUCGUUGGUUUGCCGAUGAAAUCAGUAUGCUUCUGAAAAAUAAAAAUGAUAGUAUGAAAAAACUGAUCAAACUUUUAUCAAAAGCUAAGCAUUUUGGUAUGGUUCUUAGCGAAAGCACUGAAGGUAUAAAAGUUACUUUGAGUUUCUUUAUGCCUCAAGGGCCUGCUUGA